AUGCAGAAGGAAAGCGGCGUCUAUGGCUCUAAACGUCCGCGUGCUCAAUAAACCGUUUGAGCGGGAACAGAUCCCUAUAAAUAUUCCCAAUUUGUACCUCGCCUCCGUACACUCGAAUCUCUCUCUGUUUUGGGGACUUUUUUUUUUCUUCCAAAGCCCUAAAACUCCAAAAUUUCCAGUUCCCACUAAAUUAUCCCAAAUUGGUUAUAACCUCUCUUUGAUCUUGCUGUAUCCUCAAAUCCAGCGAUCUUAAGAGCGGAUGGAGUUCUUCAAAACCCUAAUCUUUCAAUUUUCCGAUUCCCGCUAAAUUAUCCCCAAAUUCAUCCCAUUUCUUAGUUUUCGGUCUCCGAUCAGUGAUGCAAUCGGUUAGGAAUGCUUCGAUCUUGCUGAGUCUCCCAAAAUCUAGUGCUCGAAAGAGCGAAUGGAGCCCUCCAGUGAACCCUAGAGGAGAGGGAAGGUGCAAUUUAUUGGAGUUUUCUGUGAAUUUCGAUAGAACAAUAUCUUUAGUUCGUAAUGCGAGUAGCACUGGAGGGGUUAGAGAAGUAGAGAGGCCGGUGGCCCAAAAGCCUAGGUCGGCGGAGAUCAGAGUUCUUGCAGGAAAGCCUGCGCCUUUUGGUGCUACAACCUGUGAUGGUGGUGUCAACUUUGCGAUCUUUUCUCGUGGGGCGUCGUCGGCUACGUUGUGCCUUUUCACCAUCGCGGAUUUGAAGGCGAACAUAGUCACUGAGGAGAUUCCUCUUGAUCCAUUGAUCAACAAGACUGGUUAUGUUUGGCAUAUUUUCCUGGAAGGUGAACUGAAGGAUAUGUUGUAUGGGUACAAGUUUGAUGGGAAGUUUUGUCCUGAGGAGGGACACUAUUUUGACAAGUCUCGUGUGUUGCUGGAUCCUUAUGCAAAGGCGGUCAUCAGCAGAGGUGAAUAUGGUGCAUUGGGACCAGAUGGCAAUUGUUGGCCUCAGAUGGCUGGUAUGAUACCGCUGUCUGACAAUGAGUUUGACUGGGAAGGAGAUUUACCUUUACGGUAUCCUCAAAAGGAUCUGAUUAUUUACGAGAUGCACAUAAGGGGUUACACGAAACAUGAUUCAAGUAAGACGGACUUUCCAGGAACUUACCUUGGAGCAAUAGACAAGUUGGAUCAUCUAAAGGAGCUUGGAGUCAAUUGCAUAGAGCUAAUGCCUAGUCAAGAGUUCAACGAGAUGGAGUACUUCAACUAUAGUAGUCUCCCGGGUGAGAGCAAGCUGAAUUUCUGGGGCUACUCGACAGUUAAUUACUUCUCGCCAAUGAUGAGAUACUCAUCUUCUGGAGAAACUAACUGUGGUCGUGAUGCAAUAAAUGAAAUCAAAAGUUUGGUUAGAGAAGCUCAUAAACGAGGAAUCGAGGUAAUCUUGGAUGUUGUAUUUAAUCAUACAGCUGAAGGUAAUGAGAACGGUCCUAUAUUAUCUUUCAGGGGUGUUGACAACAGCAUUUAUUAUAUGCUUGCACCUAAGGUAAAGAUAGAGGGUGAGUUCUACAAUUAUUCGGGUUGUGGAAACACCUUUAACUGCAAUCAUCCUAUUGUUCGUCAAUUCAUAUUAGAUUGUCUGAGAUACUGGGUAAUAGAAAUGCAUGUUGAUGGCUUUCGCUUCGAUCUAGCAUCAAUAAUGACCAGGGCUUCUAGUCAAUGGGAAGCUGCUAAUGUAUAUGGAAACCCAGUUGAAGGAGACACUUUGACAACAGGAACUCCACUUAGUAGCCCUCCACUCAUUGAUAUGAUCAGCAAUGAUCCAAUCCUCCGUGGAAUCAAGCUCAUUGCUGAGGCAUGGGAUGCUGGAGGGCUGUACCAAGUUGGUCAGUUUCCUCAUUGGAAGACUUGGUCAGAGUGGAAUGGCCAGUAUCGGGACAUUGUGAGGCAGUUCAUCAAAGGUACUGAUGGAUUUUCUGGAGCUUUUGCAGAGUGCCUUUGUGGAAGCCCAAAUCUGUACCAGGGAGGAGGAAGAAAGCCCUGGAAUAGCAUCAACUUUGUCUGUGCACAUGAUGGAUUUACCUUGGCUGAUCUGGUUACAUACAAUAACAAGAACAACUUGUCCAAUGGCGAAGAUAACAGAGAUGGAGAGAACCACAAUCUGAGCUGGAACUGUGGUGAGGAGGGAGAGUUUGCGAGUAUGUCGGUUAGAAGGCUGAGGAGAAGGCAGAUGCGAAACUUCUUCAUGUGCCUCAUGGUUUCUCAAGGUGUUCCAAUGAUUUACAUGGGUGAUGAGUAUGGUCACACUAAAGGAGGCAAUAACAACUCAUACUGCCAUGACAAUUAUAUAAACUACUUCAGAUGGGACAAGAAGGAGGAAUCCUCUCAUGACCUCUUUCGUUUCUGCCGCCUCAUGACCAAAUUUCGCCAAGAAUGUGAGGCCCUGGGUCUAGAGGACUUCCCUACAGCGGAGAGACUGCAGUGGCAUGGCCAUCAACCCGGGAUGCCAGACUGGUCUCCAGAAAGCCGAUUUGUGGCAUUCUCGCUGAUUGAUUCGGUGAAGAUUGAGAUCUAUAUUGCCUUCAACACGAGCCAUCUACCGGUCGCCGUAACCCUCCCUGACCGCCCUGGCUACCGAUGGGAACCCCUCGUCGACACAAGCAAACCCCCACCGUAUGAUUUCCUCACUGCUGAUCUGCAUGAUCGCUCCACCGUCCUCAAGCAACAAUCCAACUUCCUAGACUCCAACCUCUACCCCAUGCUGAGCUACUCCUCCAUUAUCCUGACAUUGCAACCAGAUGUGCAAUAAAUCAGAGCUUCAUCGUUGUUUUAGAAUAGGUCUGAUCUUAGGAUUUCUUGACGGUUAAACAUAGUUAAUAUUUAUUUUUAUUAGAAAAUUGCAUGAGGUAUCUGCUUUUUCAGUGAUAGGGGUUCAAGUCACCACUUCACUAAUCGUAAUGCGAUUCACCAGCUAUUUUCCUCUGAUUUUUGACAUUAGAGACAAAUUGUAAUGACAACAAUUUUUCUAAUCUAAUAUAACGAGAGCUCAGUUGGAGCUCUGGGUAACCGAGUUGGAAGACUUCACAAAUGCGGGUGAUGGCGUGGAAAACGGCGCUGGAGGUAAUGGCAAUGGAUACAGGGAGUCCAGGCGUGGAGUUGAGCUUCGUGUUGAGGAUGGAGAGGCUGGCGUUGACAUUGUCAAGCACUUGGGAGGUGGCAUCGGUGUGGAGACGGCCCUUUUUGGUUUGCGUGGGUGCGGAGUGGAGUGGAGUGCUGGAGAGGUUUGAGGUCGGAGAUGGCUUCGAGGGAUGGUUCUCUUGAGUCGAGGCCUCGGGAUUCG